GUCACAUUUAAUCACAUUUUGUUCGAGAAUGGCAGCAUCAGCACCGGCACCCCGUAUGUUCAAAGUAUGGCAUGCAGAGGACAAGAAACUUGUAUUGGCAAAAUCAUUGGAUGAGUUGAUAGAGAAAGGUCUUGCUAAGCUGCAAAAGGCAAGAGAGCAUUUCAAGUGCCUGAGAUUGUCUGACGGUACAGAUGUAGAUGACGACGAAUUGUUUGCCUUCCUGCAAGAAUCGGAACCAGUACACUUUGUUUUCAAUGAUGAAGAAGUGCCAUCCUAUGACCAUCAAAUAACAGAUACAUCUGAAGGUGAAGAUGACGUGGUCUCAUUGUCGUCUUCUACCAGUACAUCAUCAAGAAGGUCAUUGGUGUUCUCAACUGCCAGUACACCAUCAAGCCACUUAUUAAAGUCUGUGCCCUCUACACCUACUACCAGUACAUCAUCAAAGUCUGUGCCCUCUACACCUACUACCAGUACAUCAUCAAAGUCUGUGCCCUCUACACCUACUACCAGUACAUCAUCAAAGUAUGUGCCCUCUACACCUACUACCAGUACAUCAUCAGUGGACUCUGACUCUGACACUGCAGCUGAGACAAAUGAACCAGAGAUAAUCACAACUCAGGCUGCAACUCACACAAGCCCUCUGGAGAAGAGACAUCUCAAGAGAUCUGCUGCGACUUCACAGAGACAAGCUACUAUUGGAGAGUUUCUUGGAGGAGGUUCAGUACAAACCGUAAACUUUGUAAAAAAGGCAAAAAUAUUACGUGAAGAUGGGAAAAAUGCAAGAUAUAAUAGCACAGUGAACAAAGGAUGUACUGAAAUUUUGAACAAAAAUCUGUUCAUUCUAACAGAUAAGGGGGGUAAAGGUAAACUUCUGAAAAUGGGAAAGGAAGUAGUAAACAAAACGUAUGUAUUUGCUAAGGGGAAAUCAGUGAGCAAGAAAGCCAAGGCUAUACAAGGUGAAGGCUUGAAUGCAAGAUGGACAAAAACAGCCAGAAGCGAGAGAAUGCAAGAAUUAGAGGAAAAAUUAGAAGGCAUAAAGAAAGACAUGCAAAUAGCUGAAAGUAAUUGCAAUAUAAAGGUAAGCUGUGAGAAGUUUGAGGAAGCCGAAAGUCUACGAGACAAAAUCAAAAUCCUUCAGCAAAGGCAGCGCGUCUGCAAGAUAGAAAUAAUUGAUCUGCAAAAAAGAGAUCAUAAGGCGAAGCGAGAUCUUAAAUACAUCCAAAGAAAAAAAGAUAAAGAGAUCCCCUCUGAUGACGAUGUGCAGUUUGUUCAGGCAGAUGGAAGUGGAGCUACCAAACAUGAUGAUAAUAGUGGAGCUACCAAACAUGAUGUCCAGAGUAAUCAAGAAAGUGGAGAGCUUACCAAACCUGACGAUAAUAGUGGAGCUACCAAACAUGAUGCCCAGAGUAAUCAAGAAAGUGGAGAGCUUACCAAACCUGAUGAUGAUAGUGGAGCUACCAAACAUGAUGCCCAGAGUAAUCAAGAAAGUGGAGAGCUUACCAAACCUGAUGAUGAUAGUGGAGCUACCAUACAUGAUGGCCAGAGUGGUGAAAAUGCCAAACCUCAUGCCGUUCAAUGACUAGGUGAGCAUUUUCAGAGUAAGCUGGACCUUUUUUUGCGCGAAUCAGCUAAAAGUCUCAACAUCAAAGAACCAGCUAAUCGAGUACAUGAAUGUGUACAAGUAUCCCCGAUUGACAAUACCAUUAGCUUGAAAGAAUAUGAACAAGUUAGGCAAUACAUAUGCAAAACACACCAUAGGCCUAUCCAGGAGGGACUUCAUUGCUCACUCUGCUCAGCUGAUAUUAAUGCUGCAUCUUAUAUCUUACAAAAUCAACCAGUAAAAUUGUCAGCUGUGUGGAAAGCAUGCUAUCCAACCCUGAAAUACAAGGCUUACACUGCCUCAAAAAGACUGGGAAAAAUGCCCAUUGUUCUUGUAACUCUUGGAAAGAGUGGCUGCCAAACAAUAUAUGUCAUGGAAAAAGAUGAAAAAACAAAUUAUAGCUUGUUUGUACAAGUGUUGGAGAAGUUCAGAGAGAGUCCUACAUGUGCCCCUGAAAUCAGUAGAGAAAAACUAGCUACCUUGAAAAAAUUAGCUUCUAAAGAAAAAGAUCGGCGACUAAUCACAUAUGCAGUCACAAACCACCUCUCAUCAAAAAAGGCAAAGCACCUAUAUGGCAUAGGAAACCAUCAAAAGAACAAAAACCAAGUUGAAAAUGCUUUGACUGAAGCAGAGGAAAUUGAGGCCGCAUAUCACAGUAUCGUGGAUUCUGAAGAGCACGCUAAUCAGGUGAUGCUAUCCAAGCCAGACCAAAGUAGUGCUGUACCACAAAGUCCACAAUCAAUUAGAAAACGGCGGCAACUGAAAGAGAAAUACAGAAGAAAAAUUAAAAAGAAAUAUGACACCCUAAAGCUUCUAAAGCGUGCUACUUCCAAUAAAUCUACUCUGUUGAAAAGACAUCCAAGUAUAGGCAAAAGGAUUGAAACAAUAGUAAGGGAUUCAGGUGUGGGAGCUGACAAGUGGCGCUCGUCGGGAUCGCUGACUUGGGAGAGAAAGAAGGUGGGCCAGAAGAUAACCUUUCAGCGAUUACGUCAGCAACUACAAGAGGAGUACUCUGAGCACAUUUCUCAUGGCGCACUUGUUCAACUAUGUGUACCUCGUAACUCAAGACAUUUAUCAAAGACACGCUACAAAUCAGUGGCAAAUAUUGUCAGCAAGCGUGCAAGGAAAGGUUUUGACAUUAAACUGAAUGCGGAUGAGAAAUGGUCCAAUUCUUUGUACAAAUCUUUGAAUAUUCUUCAAAAGAAAGAUAACUCUAAUGCAACCUAUAUUAAUCGCGAUGAUGCUGCGGGUUUUCGAUUAGACACAUUGGCAACAUCAAGUAAAUUUCGCUCAAGUACAAUAAGGGGAGAAGAGGACCUUGCAACCAGAACGGAUUUUACAAAUAAAGAGCAGAACAUUUUACAAGUGUCGUCAUAUUUUUGCACUGGGAGUGAAACAUCCGAUGAUUGCUAUGCUGGCAUAGUAAAGUGCAACAAAAUGGAUCCCAAGAAUGCCGGACAACACUUUUCCGACUUGCAAAUGCUUCGGUCCAAACCAGAAUUCAAAUCAGUAUUCUUUUCAUCAGAAAACACUGACAAAGACAAAGAAAUUGAUUUCAUCAGAGUUGAUGGAGGAGGGGACGAGAAUCCAGCACAUAAUGAGACGAGAUUUAUGUGGACCAAGUGGCAUACAGACCGAGAGAAAUUGGCCACAAUUGUCACAACUCGAUAUAGUGGCGGAUCAUUUUUAAAUGAAGUGGAGCACCUCAAUGGGCAACUUUCAAGGAGUGCUAACAAUUUAUUUAUCCCCUCUACAUUGUGUGGGAAUACCAGAGACAUAUCUGGGGAAGUGGAUCAUGAUACUGUGGUGGCUAAUCAAAAUGCAGCCAGAGAUGUGUAUAUAGAACGUGUGGAUAAAACAAGAUACAAAGAUGGGGAAAUUCAUCUCUUCAAAUGUGCCUUGGGCCCAGAUGCAUCAGAAAUACAGGAGCAAAGAAAUGGUUUGACCAAAUACCUCAAAUCAUCUAACGCGGCCAAAAGGAAACUAACAGAAACUUCACCUGAUGAAUUGGAGAGAUUUCAAUAUAUGGACAAAAUUCUGACAAUCAUGGACAACCACACAGUGGGAAACAACAAAUAUGUUUUUAGACUUGUUUGUUGUUUUAAACAGGAUUGCCCUCAUCCUGUUUGUCAGAGCAGGCCAGGGGAUGAUCCAUCAUCUAUCCUAUGGUACCCUGGAGGACCAUCCAUCAUGUUCUUCCCAUGGCCUGUGCCUGACCCAGAAAGGCAACCAGAACACUGCACAACUUGUCAGCCCUCAUGCUCCGGCCAUUUUAUGCACUUGGAUCAAUUGCUCGAAAAUUAUGAAAAUGGCAUUGCAGCUGAUCCAAGUGCAUAUCUUGCAAGUGAGCAACUGGCAAAGGUGUUUGAGGAGAGAAGAAGAGUUUCUGACAAUCUUGAUGAUGCUGUACCUGAUGAAGAAACACAAGUACUACUUUCAACACGUUACUGCAUAAGCAAGAAGAUGGUGUCACACACAGUGAACCAUCUUUGCCAAGUGGCUAAGAACAGGAAACGAGGAGCUGAAAAGGCUGCAGCUACCAGAGCAGCCAGGAGGAAUGACGCUCGUUGAAUACAAUAUUGUAUAAGAGUCGGUCUUCCAUACAGUCAUGCCUAAAAAUAUGAAAAAGAAAUGUGUGUGGUCCAUUGACAGCAGUCUUAUAAAUACACACAAAUAUGUAAUCCUGACUAUAAGUGAUUAAAAGUGUUAGACAUGUACUCUUCUGGCUUUUUUUAGUAUAUUUGGUAGGUCUAUACAUUUAGAGAAACAAAUGGACAUACAACACUCUUCAAGCUAUGAUUUACAUUUUAUUGCCACAAAAACAAUCGCAACUUGUUAUUUGUAUGAUUUGUGUCGUAAAAUAGUUCAUAUUUUCAUAAUAUGUCACUUUAGAAAUUGGGAAAAUUUUAGAAAAAUCCACUUUAGAUGUCUGACCGAUUUUGCCAUAGGGAAAAUGAUUAAGUAGGUAAUUUUGUAUUUUUUUUUAUGUCGGGUUCAGUUUGUACACAAAAUGUUACCUCAGAAAAUGUUGUUUGUCACAUAAAAACAUUUGAACCAUAUUAGCCGGCUACCAAAUGCAAGUCAGAUCUUGAAUGUUUUGGCCAAAAGAAGCUGAGACAAACUUUUUUUGUGCUUUUUUUUGUGCCUAAAAAGUAUUGAAUGUUUCAUGUUCGAUACAGACGUGUAUACUUAUCCAGGUGUGAUCCUUUAACAAAUUACUGCUGAAAACUUUCAGGUGGAGACAAUAGUGUGUGUGCUAGACAGAGUUAUGGUACUUUCAUUCCAAAGCUUUACGUGUAAACCUCAUGAAUGCAUUCAGCAUGUUCAGAGUUGGCUGUUUGUAACUAUAUUGGUGCUUAUAUGUGAUGUGAUCAAGCAAAAUCAGUCGGAAGUCUGAAAUAUUGAUUUUGAGAUAUAGCCAAACAAAGGAAGUAUUUCCUUUUGUUUCCUUUUGUUUUGGAAACUCUUUAUUUGCUGAUAUCUUUUGAACUGGUUGUUCAAUUUCAAUGGGAUUUUCUGCAAAAUGUAGCUUUGCAAAUGCUUGUUACAAUCCAAUAAGAAACUGAAAAUUGAAUAUGACCGACUUCAGACUGAUUUUGCUUGAUCAUACCACAUAUAUAGUGUGUGUGUGCUAGACAGUUAUUUUAUAUGAUUAUUUAUACCCGAUUAUUUUAUUUUAUAUAGUAGUAUACUAAACAUUAUUAUUUAUACUGUGUAAUAAUUAUAAAGUACUCCCUGCAUAUUGGUGCUUAUUAUAUAGUAUGUGUGCUAGACAGUGAUGGUGCUUUCAUUCCAAAAGCCUUACAUGUAUUACCUCAUGAAUGGUUACAAGUUACUCAAGAUUGUAAUGUACUUAUUUUAUAUGAUUAUUUAUACCCGAUUAUUUUAUUUUAUAUAGUAGUAUACUAAACAUUAUUAUUUAUACUGUGUAAUAAUUAUAAAGUACUCCCUGAAUAAGAAGUCGGGACUGGCGUACCCGACACAUAAUGUGUUCACAUCAUCCCAUUGAUCCUGCGGUGACAACAGAAUAAGGUCAAAGUUUAAUGCACAUGUUAUUUCAAAUGUGUCUGAUUUUUUAUGCAGCACAUAUAUGCGAUCAAGCGAAAUGAGUCUGAAGUCGAAAAAAUAAUUUUGUGUUUUUUUGCAUUUUCUAUCAGGAUAUUAUUUAUGUGAGUGUGCUAGACAGUUUAUGGUGCUUUCAUUCCAAAAGCCUUACAUGUAUACCUGGCCAACUUCAUGCUAGAAUGCCGGAAUCCUGUACUGUAUACAAAUGCAGUCCUCUAAGCUGUGUAUUCCAUCCAUGUUUUUUCAUCUGAUUAAUGUAUGUAGUCCUCUGACGAUCGCCUAUUGGCUGAACUCACAGUAACGACAUCCACUCUGGAAGGUCUUGACUUGGAUUUAUGUAGUUUAUAGCAUGCAACAGGUUCACUAUUGAAUGAAUUGAUCGGGAAAUUGUUCAGGUGUUGUCAAUGUCAUAGUUAAAAUAUGAAAUGAGAGAUGCUUGCCAGUCAAGUAUACAUGGUCUUACAAAUGCAUACAAUGUGUUUGAUAGCUGGAAAGUUCUAUACUUUGUAUUAUGUUGGUAUGUUGACUUAUUGACUGUUUCUGGACAAUUUCCCCAUCAAGUUUUAUUCAUAGUAGUGACCACGACUAAGUAAGCAAAGCAUUGAGUACACUUUGAUCAUGCAUAUUACUCUCUAUAAUUAAUGCUCUCAUUUCAUAAAUUCUCAGGUAAUGAAGAGUUAACUUCUUUUUUGGUUUGCUUUACUUGAAUAGUUUCGGACCAAUUAUAAUUAGUGUGUUAUGGGCAAGGCUGAAUUGUGUGGUCCAUCAUCAGGUGGUCGUACAAUACCCGGCCAAAAGUUUCUUGAAUUCAACUACAACAAAUGAGGUGUAACCAAGCUAUUGUGAAUAGGAAAUUUGAUAAGCUAACAUUUUAUAAACCAGACCAAAAAUGAGUUUUAGCUUGGUUUAUCUACACUACAAAAAUAAUGUGACAGUACUGCCUGUAUAAAAAGAAAUGUGCACUUGUGCAACUUCAUUAUUUUUAUAGUGUCGUUUUAAUGAACACAAUGUCAAAAUCUAACAACGCAAACCUGAAAUUUGUCUGGAAUGAACAUUUUCUUUCAUUUCCAAGUAACAGAGUUUAAUAGGUAACAGGAGUUAGUGUUUAUAGUUAACAAGAGUUAGUAUUAGAAAACAAGAGUUAGUAUUAGAAAACAAGACUUGUAGUUAAAACAACUUUUGUAUAAACGUUUUAAGUUUCAUAACAACAUAUCUGUAGAAACAUUGGAUUGACAAAAUAAACAUGUUACUGUAUCUUUGAA